UUCGUUUAACUUUUGUUAAUUUUUGCAGUAUAUAUUAUAUUGCGUUUUGAAUUUUUUCGUCUCUGUAAUGAUUUUGAGUUUUAUGUCUAUGUGUAUGCUCCGCGUUUGUUGUAGUAUUGUAGAUGUCCUUGUUGAAUGUACCCAUUAGUAGCAUAAAGAAAAGCAGCUGUAGAGUAACUUUGUUUGCCUAAAUGCCUUGCAGUUAUUGGAAAACUUAGGUGGAGAGAUUAGAAUGGAACUUUCAUUAGAAUUACGACAGAGUUUUUAUUUUUGAACUUAAUUUUUUGUUUUAAUCAGUAAUGCAUUAGUUAAUUUGCACUUUUUUUCUUUGUAUCCUUUAGUAGUGUCCGGUUUUUGAAAUGCUGGUGCAAAGCUUCAUUUAUAUGUUGUGGUUGUUUUGUACUUGAUUUACAUCGAACAAAAAUAAAAUACCGAUGAAGGUCGAUUUAUGGACAGAAGCAUAAUAUAUUGGUCUAAAUCAUGAGUGGUGAACAAGAAAAGGGGCUGACUUUAUGACUGUGUGAUAGUUUAGAUUUGUUUUGAAAAACAUGAAUGAAAAUCCUAAUUAUAUUUGAGAAGAUGCUAAAUGAAGGAAUAUGAAGUAUACAAUUUGAAUAUUCAUUUUCGAUUCUGUUUUGGGUGUCAGAUUUUUAGGAAAAUAUUAACUGCUAGAUUCAGAGCACUUUCCCGGCUAAGCUUUUAUUAGAUUAUAAGAUGUGGGUUCUAUGAUAUGUGUGACUAAUAAGUGAGUAAAAGUUGUGGGCACAGUGAGUGAUAAAAAUAAAGGUUGACCAGCUUCUAAGCAAUUAUAAGCUUUGCUAAACACACUCAAUGUUAUGCAUACUAAAAGUAGAAAGCCUCGUAACUUUGAGCCAAGUACUAAUCAUGCUAUGGUCUAUAGUGAACCUCAACUUGCAAUUGGCUGCUAACUGAAAGAGAGUUAUGCUGUAAGAGAAUUUCAUGAAGUAUACAUGCAGAUUAACUUAGCUUCUCCUUGGCCUGUUAACAAUUUGCAAUAACGGUACUCCACAUCAUUUUUUGGUCUUAAACUGAGUCAAUUCGUGUGGUUUCACUUUUCUUGUAAAAUUCAUUAUGGGAUGCAAAAUGCAGAUGUGACCUAUUGCAUUUCUUUCUGUUUUCAUAAUUUAGAAAUAUCCCAGUUAAUGAGAAUUUUUAUAAACAUAUGUAGCCAUCCUGAGAAUCCCAUAGAGAGAUAUCACUGCAUUUUGAUGUUUCGCAAGCCUCAUUAAUGAAAGUUAUAAUUUUGUGCCUUUUGUUUGCUUCAUAGUUUUCACCAUCUAUUUGACCAGUUAAGCAGUUGAUGACUUAAAUUUCUAUUUAUAUUCACUAUAAAGUUCAUCAUCCUGUCUUUCUGCUUAACCCAACUAAGAUAUGAGAGGCUUAAAUAUACUGCUAAAAAACUGUUGACGGACGUCAUGGCGUUCCUUGUGACCGCUCAGAUUAGUAUUCCUCUAUUUGUUGAAAUUUGAGAACAUUGAGAACUAAGUCCUUGGAGGAGAUGGUUUUUCUGGUUUUAACUAUGAUGAUCAUGAAAUAUUUAAUCUGUAACAUUUCUUCUCACUAGUAUUUAGAGCGAGUGUACCUUUUGCCUUUUAUCCUUUUACUUGUGAUGCAGUUUGAAUAUAGGCCUUACCCUGGAUGCACCUGAAGAUUUCUAUCCAUCACUUCAAUGGAUUUUAAAAUGAAGCCAAGAACUAAUGAGGUUUCUCGGAGGUCCAGAGGUUUGCAGGAGGAGGGCCCGAACUGGGUCCUUAUUGCGGGCAGUGCUCUGUUGAGUACAUUAGCAAUUCGCUUGGGAUAUAAGGUGAAGCAGGUCCUUGACACUAAAAAGCCUGAAAAUAGUAAUAAUAAUUUAAAAGGGAAUGGAAAAUCUACUGAUGAAAAUAAGUCAAGCAGCUUCCAUUUUCAGCCAAGUGCUUAUUGUUUUCCAGACCACGUGGAUGGUUGUUAUAACAGUUAUUCAGGAUCAAGAAACGUGGUUGAAAUAAAACAGCAGGCCAAUGGCCAUAUGGUGCCUGAACAUGAAAUGGUUCUUCCUUUAGUGACUCGACCUGCUCCCGAGUUUAGCAAAGAAAAUGGUGUUUUAUGGGCAUCUUCUCCUGAUCAUCUUGAGCUUCCACAGAAGCCAUUCCACCAAUCAAACAGCUCGGACUCGCUAUGUGUCUCCGAAUCUGGAUCUGAUAUUUUCAGCAAGCGAGAAGUUAUACAAAAGCUGAGGCAACAGUUAAGGAGACGAGAUGACACCAUUCUUGAAAUGCAGGAUCAAAUAACCGAACUUCAUAACUCACUUAACUCUCAGCUUUCAUGUUCUUCCCAUCUGCAAUCAUUGCUAGAUGCUGCAAACAGGGAUUUAUUUGAUUCAGAGAGUGAAAUUCAGAGGCUAAGAAAGGCAAUUGCUGAUCAUUGUGUGGAACAUAUAGAUUCUAGAUACAAACCCCCUGCAGUUCCCAUAUGGCCAACUGAAGGGAGGAAUGGCCAUGCAAACGAGUAUCUUGAAGUUGAAAACAGUUCAAUGUAUCCGAAAACUGGUAAAGGAGAGAGGGAAAAGAUUGAAAUGCUGAAGAGGGAAGUGAGCGAGUUGAAGGAAGUAAUAGAAGGAAAAGAAUACCUGCUGAGUAGCUACAAGGACCAAAAGGCCGAGCUCUCGGUGAAGAUCAAAGAGUUGCAGCAGAGAUUAGAUUCUCAACUUCCAAAUAUUUUGUAGUCUGCUUCAGAUAUUUUUGCAUGUCUGUUUUCUAAUCUAAAAUAGAGUCCCCGAUUUUUCGGAAUACAUUGCUCUGUUUUCUUUUUCUUUUUUUCCUAAUUUUUUUCACUUCUGCAUCUUUGUGCAUAUCUGAAAGAGAGAAUGAGUUGUUUAUAAAAGUCAUACACUAAAGCAAGCUACAUUCACACAAUUCUGAGUGUGAAAUCAAGUUUUGUACUUUGGACA